GUGUUAACAUGCUUCUCACAAACAUCAAAUCGCGCUGUCAGAACUUUCUCACACUUUCCACCACUCCGUUUUCCUUACCGUUUAAUGCUUUCGUAAUUUUGAGCAGUGAGUUAAAAUAAUUCGACAAAAAAUGUCGGCUAGCUCUCCCACUGCCGACCAGUUCGAAUCGGCCGUCCAGCAGUCCCUACAGGCGCACUUUAACGAUCUCAGUGCCAUCAGCCAGGAGAUAUGGAGCCACCCGGAGACCGGCUACCAGGAGCACCACGCAGUGCAACAGCUGACUGACUACAUGGAGAAGAUCGGCUACCAAGUAACACGAAAAUUCUGUGACAUUGAGACGUCCUUCCUGGGCGAGUACCAGACGCCGGGCUUCGAUGCCGCCAAGCACCCUACGGUGGCGGUGCUGUGCGAGUACGACGCGCUGCCGGAUAUUGGGCACGGAUGCGGGCAUAACCUGAUCGCCAUCGUCGGGCUGGGAGCCUUCCUGGCGGCGGCGGAAGUGCUGAAAGCAGCCGGCAGCGCAGCGCAAGGCAGGAUCGUCUGCAUGGGUGCACCGGCGGAAGAGCUGGGAGGCGGCAAGGUGCUGUUAUUGGAAUCCGGAGCAUUCAAAGGUGUUGACUACGCCUUGAUGAGUCAUCCAGCGCCGGUGGAUGUACUAGAACCCAGCAUUUUGAGCAUUGACCACUGCCAGGCGGAGUUUUACGGCAAAGCCGCUCACGCCUCCUGCGGUCCGUGGGAAGGGGUCAACGCUCUGGACGCGGUCAUCGCCGCAUACAACAAUGUGUCUAUGCUGCGGCAACAGCUGAAACCCGGUCACCAGAUCCACAUGAUCAUUAAAAACGGUGGCGCGAAGCCCAACAUUAUCCCGGAAUACACCAAGGCCGAGAUCUACAUCCGGGCACCGACCAGCGCUGAUGUUGACGAACUUCGCACCCGUGUGGCGGCCUGUAUGCACGCUGGCGCAGAAGCCACCGGGUGCCGGGUGGAAUGUGGAUUGAAUGACCUAAGCUACUCUGGUUUAAUGAGCAACCAGAAGCUGCUGUCUAUCUACAAGCACUUUGGCGAGAAAAACGGCAUGCGCUUCAUGAUUUUGCCACCGGGCGCCUACGGCUCUACGGACAUGGGCAAUGUUUCCACCACAAUCCCUAGCAUCCACCCCGGCUUCUGCAUCGGCGAUCCGCACUGCACCAUGAUCCACACCCGCGAGUUCCGUGACAGUGUCGGCAAACCGGUAGCUAAUCAUUUUGCCAUGAAGUCAGCGGCCGCGCUGGCUCUCACCGCGCUGGAGCUGUUCAGUAAUCCGGAUUUCCGAAAAGAUGUGCAGACAGAAUUCGAUCAGCGCCGGCCCGUGUUCAUGGGAAAAGCGGCUACCGAGGGCACGGAUAUGACCGACAGCGUGGACGGUACGCUGCAGCUGCCCUCUGGCUUCAAUCCAGACCGGCGUCGAUCCAGCCGGCAGUUUUUGAUCGACAUGGGGCUGCUGAAGCCGUCGUUACUGGAACAAAAGCGGGACAGCAUUCAAGAAUGAAGAUGCCAUUUCCAGAUAUUCAGCCAUUUUUAGUCGGUUUUGUUUUUAUUCAGAUAUUUGUCGCCGAUAAAUAAAUAAAUUCGAAAUUACUUCAUAUUGGUAUACGCAGACAUAAUAGUUUUUAGUUUCUAAAUAUAUUCUGACAAUUAUUGCGUCUUGGAAACAGGGCACAAUAUUUCGUUAAGGACGAAAAUAACAAGAAUGAACAAGCAGC